AUGGCUGUGAUGGUUGGUGAUCAAUUAUUGGCUGAUGGCCAAUAUGGCGAAUCCUACAACAGAAAGGCAUUAUUGGUUGAUAUGGGGUUCAAUAAAAACCAACUUCAACAAGAUGGUGUACAAAAAUCUUUGGCUGCUAAAAUAGUGGUGCUUUUUCCCACAGAGCCAAUUGGAAUUUAUUAUUGUCCAUCUGUCAAAAAAUCAUGCAGCCCAUUUCACAAGCCUGUAAUGGCCAAGAGCAAACUUGUAAAUCAUUGCAGAAAUAUAUUAUUUCGAUCUGGUGAUACCAAUAAACAAAGAAACACAAAAAAUGAAGAUGACGAAGAUUUUGCCAUUGUUCCAAAACACAGCAAAGAUAAUUUAGAAGUAAAGGAUGCAUGGAAUAAAAUAUUUGUCGACAAUCCGAAUAUUAUAUGGGUAUGUGACCCAUGCAAGGUCAAACUAUCACCGGGCACCAGCUGUAAAGGUAAACAAAAUAACACGGAAAUUGAAUUUGAAUCUAUAAAAAAUCAACUUGAUGCUUGUAAACGAGAAUUAAUACUCCCACAAAAAUUAAUCUCAGAGAUGGAAUAUUCUAGCCAGAAAACAAUAAUUUUGUCUUAUGAAACUAAAAUUAAUGCUAGUAACAGUAACAACAAUAGCCAAACUAAAAUUAACACUUCAAAAAAAUAUAAUGAAACUGUUAAAAUGAAUUCUGAUGCGACUACAUCAAGUAAUAGGGCUAGUACCAGCACUAGUACUAGUAAUAGUACAAGUGUUGUUGCUACGAGCAAAGGAUCUGAAGAAGUAACCUUUUUAACUACAGAGAUUUCAAAAAAUAAAAUGAAGUCUCAGAUAUCAUUGAAUAGCGAAAUUAGUGAGUUGAAUUUAGAAUGGAAUCAUAUAACCCAGAUGAUUAAGUCUAAACAGCACCUUCAAACCGUAAAAGAUAAUUUUAAAUCAAUUAGGACUAAAUUGAAAGCUAUAGAUGAAGCGGAAGAGACCACUUGUCCUAUUCUAAAAGGGCCAUAUGCUGAAAAUAAAACACCUCACAACAAAAAAAUAAAUCCUCAGAGGCUAUUUUCCACAAAGAAAAAGAGGGAGGCAACGACAACAAAAUCAGUAGUGGCCAAACCUACACCUGAAGAACAAACAAAAAUUGCUAUGUUGCUAUUAAAUAAUAAUAAUAAUGUUGACUAA